AUGGCUUUCUUCAGUACAGCAGUUGGGCGUUUUCUUCCGUGCCUACUAAUUCUGUUGGGGAGUGAAAGUUUUGCAAAUGAUAUUUACACUAAUAUUUGGGCUGUAAAAGUUCGUGGAAGUGUAUUGGAAGCGAAAGAGUUAGCUGAGAAAAACGGUUUUUUGUACGACAAACAUGUAAGUUUCUUCACUUUUCUCUUACGAUAACAGGUUGGGUUUCAACUUGCUUAGUUGAGAAUGAAUAUGUUGUAACCAAAGCUUGUUUCUAGCAUCAUGGAUUGAAUCGUAAAAAGUCCUAAUGAAAAGUUCUUGGAACGAAGCUAAUAUUGUGUCGGAGAAUAACUAUUAUUCUGAGAAACGGAACUAUGGUUGCGUGCCUUUUGACCAAUCUAGAUCCGGAUUUUGCGAUCCGAAAUUUGAGUUUUCGCUCCAUUCAGGACCAAACCAAUCUAAGGUUGCAAUCUGAACGAUCCACCUCCGCACUUGGAUCGUACUUGGAUCAGGCAAAUUAAUUAUUUAUACUCCUACUUUGUUCUAUGCCGCUAAAGGAUUGUAUUAUAUUAAACUUAAGUUCCACUGUAACUCUAAAGAUCUGUAAGGAAGAGAAAACGCUUGGAUUUUCUCACCGUAAAACUAUAGUGUCCAAUGUGUGUGAGCGUUUAGAGCGCGCUUCUCAGGACUUGAGAAUUCGUAAUUGUCUUCUGAAUUUCCUUGAAUCAAAUUCCAGAUAAUUUUAAGUUGACGAGUCCGAAUAUGAACCACCACUAGUUAAAGAGCUACUUUUCCUUCCAUUGCUCCACUAGAGGACGCUUACCUAAUGUAGGGAAAAGAAAUAAAAACCAAUGUGUUGAAAUUGAGAAGAAGAUCGGAGAAGCAGGCAGCUACUGUAUGGAUCAAUUUUAUUUCAGAUGUUUGUUCAGGCUAGUAAUAAAAUCCAAACAAUCUGGAUUGUCUAAAUCCGCAAAAAAGUUUGGCUAAAGGGAACGCAACCAUAUGAACUUGUGUUUGUGGCAUCGAUGUCGCAAGAUAAGCAAGGUUAAUUUCUGUUGCUGUGUUAACAUGGAAGGGGUUCUGUAGCCUAAAUGGCAAGGCUGCUGCGUGAGAAUAAGGGACCCCUUCAAGCUCCUAAAAUAAAAAGUGAGCAGCCUACAGCCCCAUUUCUAUACGAGCCCAUUCCAAAAAAAAUAAGUAACUUUAUUAACAUGUCAACCUCUAGCACACGACAAGUGGUGCACAAAUUGUUUAAUCGAUAAGCUUCAAAUUUAUUAUUUAUCAAAGGUCAGCUAACAUUGGAGAGCCAAUCUCCUUUUUUUGGUUUUGUUUUGUUUUGUUUUUUGUUUUUCUUUUUGUUUCUUUAAUUUCUUGUCCUCAACCUUUUGCAGGGUGCUAGAGGUUUAUUCUAUUUUUUUUACUUUAUUGUAUGUCGAGAAUGGAACCUUGGAGCCAGGGUACUUAAACCUAGUUUUAAUUAGUUUACCAGGAUGACCUUAUCAAUAUAGCCUGUUCACGGACCCUCUAUUUCUUUUCAAAGUCCGUCAAGCACAAGUGAUAAAGAACAGAUCUGCGGGGGAUUUGUUGACUGCCAGUGCAAGGGGGUAGGGGUGGGGAAGAAGGAAACAGAUGGUCUGUAGACAUCAUUGGGAGCAACUGAGACUUACUUUUCCCAGGAAAAGUAAGUGAUAGGCCACUUGCACUAAGAGGUCAUGUGACCAAUGCUUCCUUUAAAAAAUGAGUUGGAAUCUUGCUGAUGCCAAAAAUUGACAGAGUACACAAAAAUUAUCUUACACCCGAAAUUUGAGAGGAAACGCAUUUAAGGGAGAUAUUUUAUGGCACUUUGAUUUUUCAGCAAAGUAGUAUGAUUUGUAUUGGCCGCCAUGUUGGAGGGCAUGCUUUUGCCCUGCAACAUGGCGGACAAAACUACUUCUUGCUUAUAUCUUGUUCAACGUUUCAUAGUUACGCUCAGAUGUGCUGUAAACGUUAUCACAUUAUCUUUUCAACAUUUUCCUUGAAGUUUAAGUGCAAAGUUUGCGUUCAAAGAGAGGUAAUUCAUAAUUUUAAAAAUCACAUUUUGGUCACGUAACCAUUUAUGAACUUAUUCAUUUUAAGAAAAUGGUGCGGGUUUGAAAAACCAAAUGACUAUUAUUUUGUUUAAGAUAUGACCCACUAAUCGUUUUUCAAAGGCAAAAUCAUGUAACUUUCAUUUUCAUAAAAACGAUGUCACAUGGCCUCUUAGUGCAAAUGGCCUAUUAUCGGUGAUUAUCCUGUCAUCAUAAUGUCAAUGACUCAUCACGCCUGUGUCAUGUGAGUAGAAGAGUUUGUCAUCGUGGGAUGUGCUAACUGCGACACUUACCAAUUGUAGUUUGUAUAAAAAAAUAACAUUGAUGUGAACUUGCGAUGCAGUCAUACUACAAGCUUGUGUUGACCAUGUCUUCUGUCUCUUGUUUUGGGGUGUAAAGGAGGAAAAAAAAGAAAAGUUAAACAACAUCUGUGUACAGGCCAUUAUCGAUAGUGUCUGUAUCUUAAAUUGAAAGUCUCAACCAGAUCCUUGAAACUCGAUGUACCGUGCUCGACACCCAGCACUGAGGAGUGUUGUGUGACGAGACAAUUUCAAACAAAUUGAGUUUUGAAAUUUGCGAAAAUUGAGUCUUGAGUUUCGUGAAACCAGCAUUUUUGUUAUUCACCACUUUAAAGCAUUGGGAGAAAUGAGUUAUUUCUCAAGAAAAAUAACAAUAACCAUUCAUACUUAAAGUGAAUGCACUGAACAGCACUUGCUUGUACAAUUUAAGCAGUUUAAACGAAGAGUACCAAGUUUGGAAAAUUGACUCAGUAUUUUUGUAUCAAGUCUAUCUUUUGGACUGUCAAAAAUGUUUUUAUUUUUGGUGCAUAACAUUUGAAGGAAUGUAUUUAUGUGUGUUGCGUGUGACAGCGUAUAUAAAAAGAAGAGAUUGAAAUGUGAUUUGAAUAGCUGUCAUAAAUCCUCUUCAAAAACUAUAAUGUUCUUGCGAGCCUUUCAAAAAUUACCUCAAAGCGUACAUCAAUAAAAUUUAAUAGAAAGGCACAUAUAAUGCUAAAUAAUUGAUAAAAGAAAUCUCUGAGUGUACUCAUUCGCAUUCCUAGUUAAAUAGAUAACACUUAUUUUCAAGUAAAAAUUUGCUUAUGUCACAUGUAAUUUGAAACCUUUUGCUUUUACACACAUCUCAACUUCUAUUAAAAUACACACAGCAACGACCUAACAUUUCUAAAAGUAAACUGCUGGAGAAAAAGUCAAGAUUUUAAUUCCAAAGGUUUUUCUAAGACUAAUAAUUCAUUCGAGAUCAUUUUUAGUCCAGCUGUUAUCGACCAAAAUUGUUCACUUUUACGAUAAAAGCAUGAAACUUUGCCAGAUUACAACCAACCCUGACACUAACAUUUUUGGAUAUGGAGACAAGCCAAAUUCAACACUGGACACGAGUACUGCGCAGGCCCUAAAAUGGCCUACAUGAGAACGAGGCUGCUAGUGGAAAUCCUUCUAAAAUACCAUUUGGGAGUGUUUCUGUAAAUAAAAGUCGUAGAUAUUGUGGAAGAAGACAUUUGCUUUACUGUCAUGCUUUCUUUGGUGUCACGUGACCCCUCUUCCAAAUAUGGCGGGCUAUUGUUGGGUGUCCUGUGCUGAAGCUGUCUUCUGUGCAUUUGUGUGUUUAAAGCGGUGGGAAGGGGCAACUUUUCAGGCAAGUUCAAAUGAUAACACUCUUGCAACUAUUGUCCAAUUAUCAACGGCUGUUUUUUACCAUACAAAUGCAAAUCAUUACAUGAAAACGAGGCAAAAAUCUUUUCAGCGGUUUGAAAAGCCUCCAGUUAGCCCUGCGUGCAGUCAUCUUGAGUUGGAUUCAUAGACCAUUACCUAAAAGCCUGAAUUGAUCAAAAAUUGUGAUCGCACGGUGUUUGUGCAGAGUUUUUUUCUCCACAGACGACAAUCGAAAGUCACAUGACAUAGACUUUUUCCUUGAAUAUGCCAUAUUGAAGGAAUUGAAGAGACCCCUUUCUGAUAGUUGUAUCUUCAAGAUAGUUGUAGAUGUCAUUGUAUCUUAAGAGUAGGUUGUACACCAGUUUUGCCGAUGGUGAAUCGACACCGUCCCAAAGAAGCAGUUUUUCUUUCAUUUAAGAGUUCAUAGCCACAGACUGCCACGAUAUACCCCUUAGUCAAAGUUAAAACCUUUAGACUUGUAUGCUUCAGAAGUGUUGUUCCCUUCACAUAUCCCAUUCAUAAACUGCUCGACAAGUAUGUUGUAUGAGCAGUACUCGAGUUGAGGAAACACUAUGAAGGUCACUUUAUCUUCUUUUUCACUUCUUGCCUCGUUUUAUUGAAGAUAACGAGGGCUGGAUAAACAAACGCAAGUGCAAGCCGAAAAAACCAAUUGAACUAUCUCUUUCCCCAAACGCUUUUGUUUGCACUUAACGCUUGUCAACCAGGAAAAAAUAAGUGCAGCCUACGUUGUAGCUGUCUAUUUGGGGCUAUCGUGAAACGUCACGUGCAAACUGCACUCAAAAGGAGACGCAAGAGGGAGGGGUGUUAAUCGAGAGAGCUUCCUCGCAGGCUAACGCAAACGCAAGGUAAAAAAUGUCUGUCCGACAUGAUGGGAUCUAGGAUAAUCAAUUGGGCUUGUGCAUCUCACUGUGCUUGAAUUUGCAUUAUGAUUACGUAAAAAUCGGUUGUCCUUAAUUUCUCUUUCAAGAAACAUAUACCACAUAUUUUUCGAUUAGAUUCAUUCAGUUGGCAAAUGAUGACAGGGAUCUCAACACCGAUGCAAGCUUAGAUCAGGACUCAACGCCCACGUGACACUGACAUCGUUUUCUUUGGCGUCCGUACUAUACAUGGAUAACUAAAAUAACUAGCAUCGCCUCAUUGGUGGAAUGGGUUCUGAUUUAACUGUUGAUGAUCACUCAAACUAAUAUGAAAUUUCUGGACCACGAAGUAAUUGUCAGCCUGUUUCAGUUUAUGCAAAAAAGAUGCAAGAGCGUUAACUUAUGUUUGGUGGGAUGUGUGCAGCACAGUUUUAAAGUAUGCGGAAUAAAUUUCCUUAGUAAAAUCUCAUUUCACCAUUUGAAUUCUCAUCUUCUUAUUCAUGGAAAGAUUUCACUGUUUCGAUUAUUAUUCUUCACCGAUUUUAGAAGGGUGUUUCUGUUUUGCUUUGCACAUAAAUGGAUACACAGAUUCGUUACUUGGUGGACCUUCCGUCAUUUUGAGUAAGGUGAGUUAUAUAAGCAAUGAAUGAGCCACACCCUUCUUUUCAACUCAGUUCUGUUACUGCUGUUCAUCUGGUACCGGUAAACUGCCUGCUGAGCAUUUUGAACAAUAUGAAGCUCGCGGAGUAUGAGCUGAAACUAAUCUUUGUCAUUACACAUGGCGCCAAAUACCCCAAGCAGCCUGUCGACAGAAAUAAGUGGUUCGUGGAAGAGAUUAACAUGCUGUAUAUACGGCUGCUAUGAGAACGAUGAUCUUAGGGUUGAGUGGGAUAAUAAAGCCGCCAAAGUCACAAAACCCCAUACGAAUCUCUUCCUACCCACUGCAAAUCCUUAGCAUUUUAAUUUUUUCAGCAGUUUCCAUUUUCAUUUGUUUCUGAUUAACUGGUCUGUUGAGGAUACACUCCUAACUCCCUUUUGAUGUCUGUAGUAGAACACUCACUUGUGGGUGUAAAGUUAGCGAUAGAAACCAGCUCUAAUGGUUGGAUGUUUCGCUAUUUUCCUUUGAUUUGGAACUUUUUGUCGCAUAAAAGGUCAACUUCUCUGUGGCUGGAUCGAUGCACAAAACGUUGACAUUAUCAACUUUUGUGGUAGAAAAAGAUAACAUUUUUCUCGGCUUAGAUGAGUACACGACCAUGGAUUUCAUUUCUGUACCAUUUUAAAAUAUUGUAGUUCUUCCAAUAUAAUUGGUUAUGAGCCUUUCAUAUGAGGUACACUUUCCUAAAUUGAAAAACAUUAACCGAGAAGUCGAUAAUUGAAUUUUAAACUUUCCCUAAUUAUAAGGUAACGAGCGCUCUUUGGACCCAAAGUGUACCGCCUUAGUGUUGCAUCACGUCUAGUACAAUGACUUGAAAUACUCAAAUCAUAGUAAUUUUGCGCCAAUUAUUCGAAAAUUCUCUUUCAAUCGAGUGGUAUUGUAGUUUCCUACAGCUUGUAGUCUAAAUUGUAAUUUAUUUGAGAAAUUUUUCAAGCACCGCAUCUUUUGCUGCUGCUGCUGCUGCUGCUCAACCACGGAAUUCAUUGCCCUACGCGAUUAGGAGUAGCCCCUCAGUAGCAUCUUUUAAAAAGACACUAAAGACAUUUUUAUUUCAGAAAGCUGUGAUUUUAUGUGCUUCUUAAUCUCGUUUUUAGGAGGUUUUAUGCAGUUUUUUACGAUUUAAGUAGUCUAGGUAAUUUUUAUAGUUUAAGUGUUGACAAAAUUGUUUUAACUCUUUUUGGUAGGUUCAUGCACUUUAUGCAUGUAUACUUUAUGCAGUCGUAGUAAUUUUUUCUUGAAAUAUUUUUAUUUUUAAGCGCUGAUGAAAAUAGCAAUAUUGAUAUCGGUGCUAUAUAAGUAUUUAUUGUUAUUAUUAUUAUUAAAGAUUACCGUUAGAAUUAUGAAUAAAGUUAAGCUAAUUCCUUCAUCUAUUUCAAGUAGCUCAGUUGUUGUUCAAUUAUGAGGGAUAAGCAUGCACUUUAAAUAUACUCUGCCUUGAGGACAUACAUAGCAACAACUUUACUUUUUUUGUGAAAGCGCUCGACGUUCUGUUAGGGAGCUGAGUUUGAAAGGCUUGAUUUCUGGUUCUUAAUGGGCAGAAACAUGGCUAUUUUUAUUACAUUCAGAUUGAUCAUCUUUUUUAUAUUUUCAUGUGUUAAUUUAAAAUUUAAAGGAAUGCAGUAAAAACUCGCGUAUAAGAACCUAACAUUUAAGAACCUGUUAGGCUAAAAUUUCAUUUUUAAGCACCCUUCAUAUAAGAACCAUUUUAGGCUAAAAUCCUAAAACAGGUUCUUAUUUUCAAAAAAAAUAUAUAUAUAUAGAAUUAAGAAAUUUUCCCCCAAAAAAAUAAAAAUAAAUAUAUAUAUAUAACACAGUCUGUAUGCAAUAAUACUCUAAACACUAUAGCAUGGUUACAUAAAACUUUACCAUAGGUUUGAUUGUAACAGAAUCAGAUUAAAAUAGUAUAGUAUUUUGCUUAACAAAGCCUCCAAGAAUACUGUUUUUGGACAUUAAACAGCAGAUCAUUAAAAAAUUCAGCUUUAUUUCUUGAACAAAAGUUAAGAACCUAAUUAAGAACCUAGUUAGCCUAAUUUUACACUAAAUACCAUUUAUAUAAGAAUCUGUUUAGGCUAUCUUGGAAAAACCUAGGUUCUUAUACGCGGGUUUUUACUGUAUCAAUUUGGUAGCUUUAAAUUGCGCAGGGUGCAAGGAAAGUCAUUUUUACAGCUUGCCAUUCGGGCAAGCUGAAGCUAACAUUUACUAGCCCAAAUAUCAUUUCAACUAGCCCAAAAAACGUUUUGAUGAGCAGACUGAUUUCAAAGUUCUUCUGUAAUUUGAAUUCCUCAAAAAAAUUCACUUGCCCGAUAGCAAAAUCGGCUAGCCCCGGGCUAUCGGACAGUACUUUCUUUGCACGCUGAUUGCGUAUCUCAAAAAUGGCCUCCACAAGACUAUCCUGUCAUCUAUUUUUUUAGACAUAACAAACAGAGAUGUGAGGAGGCACGAUCGCUUGCUACUGCUUGACCUGUUCAUUUUAAUUUUACCUCAAAGACUGGCAUUUCUUCAAAAUUAAGGGGGGAGAGCUAUAUGGGCCGGGCCACCUCCUGUAUUCAGCUCUGAACCUUGUAAUUGACUUUGUUAAUAAUUGAAAGGAGAAUAAAAUAGCUUAAUGCAGCAUCCGAACGUGGAGGCAAGAAACUGGAGGCUAGCUUUUAAGAUCAUCAAAAGGAUUUUUGCCUUGUUUUUGAGCGGCGCUCUACAUUUAGAUGGAAAACAAUAGCCAGAGUGUCAUACAAUCACAACUUUUGAUCAGUUCAAGCUUUUAUGCAAUGUUAUCUGAAUCCACCCCCAAAUGACCGCACGCAGUGCUAACUGGACGCUUUUCAAACAGUUUAAAAGAUUCUUGCCUUGUUUUCAUGUGGUAAUUGAAAUUUGUAUGAAAACAAAUCCAACCCUAGAUAAUUGGAAAAUAGUUGCAAGAGUGUUAUCAUUUAAAAUUGUGUGAAUCGGUGCCCAUUCUCACCCAUUAAAAUGCACAAAUGAACAGAACACAGCUCCCGCACAGGACACCCAGCAACGGCUUCACCAUAUUUGGAAGAAAGGGUCAUGUGACACCAAAGAUAACAUGACAGCAAAGCAAAUUUCUUCUUUCACGAUAUCUACAAGUUUUAUUUACCAAACCACUUAAAAACCGGUAUUUUAGAAGCAUUUCCACUGUCAGCCUCGUUUUCAUGUAGGCCAUCUUAGGGCCUGCGCAGUACUCGUGUUCAGUGUUGAAUUUGGCUUGGCUCCAUAUCCAGAAAUAUUAGUCUUAGGGUUGGUUGUAAUCUGGCAAAGUUUCAUGCUUUUAUCAUAAAAGUGAACAAUUCGCUAUAUUUUUGGUCGAUAACAGCUCGACUAUUUCAGUCAAGAAACUUGAACUGCACUGCAGUGGAAGUCACAGAAGUGAAAUUGAAGACUAGUGCUUGUUUGUAUAGUUUUUAUUGGCGGUAAAAUUUUGUCAUUCAAUAACAGGAAGUUGGCAUAAGAAUAUAAGUUUUAGGCUCCUGUACAGGCUCAUUAUUGGAAAUUUUGGUCACCCGUGGGUAAAUCGUAGGCGCUAGUUAGGCAGCAGCCUUGUAUGAAGAAAAAAAUUUAAUCGUGUACAACAAUUGAUAGGAGGAACAUUCGUCAAACAGACGAAUCAGAUGUGCAUAAAUUGCAGAGGAGGAUUUUGCAGAGAAUUUGUCAAUCUCGUCAGAUGCGCUAAAACAAAUGUAAGAUCCCAAAGAAGGCAUGUGACACUAUAAUGUGCAAUAUUAUUCUGGCAAAAUGUCAAAAUUAUGGUAUCAGACCUGACAUCUUGUUAAUGAGUGGGUUAGAUCAUAAUUAACUGGCCUUGAACAAAACACCUACAGUAUGUCCAGCCAUACAUAAAAUAGAUUUAGAGGAUCUAGUGAAUAAUAAUUGUAUUUUAUGCAAUGCUUGAUACAUAAUUUAGGUCUUAAUACAUAUAUUAGGCUCUAUAUAUAGUUUUAGUUACUUUAAUUCAUUAGGUUCUAUCUAUUGUUAUUUAUUAAUUUUUAUGUUAUGUCUCCGUAAGACGAAUGUAGAGAAUAUUUUUUAGUUUUGGUCUCAUUACAUAUAUUAGGCUUUUUUAUUGCUAUUUUAAUAAUUCAUAUGACUCUAUCUAUUGAUAUUUAUUUUCCUUUUAAUUUUUUCACGUUAUGUCUCCCUGAGUACAUAUAGUUUUAGCAUCCUUGCUAUUAAAGCUACAUUUAACAAUGUAGAUGCUUGAGACUUAAAAUUGUUAUUAUUAUUAUUAGCAGGGCUUCCAUGCGCGCAAGUGCGCAUGGGACAGAGCCUGAUACUCAUAGAAUAUGGUCAGCCUCUUUUCGUUUGGUUGUCACGUGAUUGACCGAGUGUACGUACUUACGCGUCUACAGAUUGUACGGGUGGGGUAGGGGAGACUAUCAAAAGGAAGGGAGGGGUGUCUCAGGUGUGUCUUGGCAAAUCCACGUCUUCUAUAUUGCACAUUCAUAAUAUGGUCAAUUGACAGCUGUCAAAACAGGAUAGCCACUGACCAUUACCACAUGACUAUAUCGCGGGCUCAUGUGUCAUCUCAUCGAGGUGACGUGAUUUAUUUGGAAGCUGUCCACUGACCAGCUAAUUGUUUUACUAGAUCGCGAUCAAUGUUCAAUCUCAUACUUUCAAGCUACAAUCCUGGAAAAAAGUCCUUGGGACAGUACUUCGAUCUUUAUAUUGUUCUUUCAUUUGUCGGUUCCCUCUUAAAACAGUGCAUGCUUUUCGAAAUUUUCUUGCAGUUCUCCCUCCCCCCAUCCUGUGCAAAGUUGAAGCUCAGAAAAAAUUUUGGAUACACAUGUCCUACAUUGUUUGAGGGGUGAGGGGAAGGGUUGGACCUGUGUGAAUUGGAAAACGCCCCAGAAAGGCAAAGAAAGGCCCCAGAGUGUCCCAAGGCUUUUGUCCAUGAUUUUAGUUUGGAGAGCACAGCUGAUUAUGCAUACAUGUUGGACUUCAAUGUUGUGACAGCUGUCAUCCGCCGACCAGUAUCACUUGAGCGUAUCUUGGGCUCAGGUGUCGACCAGUCGAAGUCAAGUAUUUUUUUGAAGUUAUCCGCUGACAAGUUACUAGUUUUCAAAUGAUCGCAGGCUCAAGUUUAAUUUUUUUUAAAUUCAUAUGAAAUAUAUUGUGUUUAUGUGCUGCACAAUUAAGAUGUUGAUUUCAAACUGACCUCGGCCGCGAAAAUUCAGCCACCUAUCACAGGCAGGGAAGACAGUUGCUGUUGACUUUGCUCACCAUGGUCACGCUCUACUUACAGUUUUUAUGCUCUGAUUGGUCAACAUUUGACAGGUGAGUUCAUGCGGAAGAUUUAUGCAGCAUCUUGAAACUUGUUUACUUCAAGACAGCUGAAGCUGACAGAGUUUUGUGUCAACUUGUGAUGUUUUUAACUGUCUUUUUUCACUGGAUGCACAAAAUGAAAUUCAGCUGCUAUUGCAGGAGUCUUCUUUUAUUCAUGGCUAGUUGGUUUUUGGUUGAGAAAUACAUCACUUGUCAAAAUCGGAAUCCGAUUUCGGAUGGCAUCGUUUUUGUUUUUCACCAGUUGCUUGAUGUGUAAGGGUUGAAAAGUCUGAAGCGAUACUGGCCUUACUUGAUACCUUUUAGGAGCUGCAUCUCGAAUGGUAAGCCUGAGUAAUUAUUGUAUUUGAUGUUUGUUUUUUUUAUAUCUAAGUCGAGCGUAGUUUAUGUGGCUAUUUGGCUUAUGCACGUUUGUAAGAUUUGAGACAAUUUGAUCUGACUGAGAAUCAGGUUUGAUAUAACCUUGUAGAACUUUAAAAAGCCUUAAGACAUUUUCAUUCUCACCGCAAAUAGAAAGAAAAAUGUUCCAAAGAAUAUUUUAUAGUUAUAAUUCUGGCUGUAAAAGAAAGCUUUGAGAGAUUUUCGUGCCUCGUGUUCAUCUUUGAAAAAAGUAAAUCCGGGAGGCUGGCUUUUAAAACAAACAUAGAGAGACUUUAGUACUUGUCUUCGUGAACGAAAAAUGUUAUCUCUGUAUCAGAUGUUUCAUCGAAUUAUAUUUCUUUUAUUGAUUGUUAGUAGUCUCUCUUGUAAUUUUAAUUUUGUUUUUAGUCGUUCUGUGAACAUCGCUUGCAGGAGUACUCAAAAUACCGCGCGUAUCAAAUGCUUUUUAAGAUUACACAUCGAUGAAACCAUUAAAUAAAAAAUAAACAUAAUAAAUUCUUUAUUAUGUUGGAGCUUAACUCUGUUAGUAUGUUCGUUCAAGCACUCGCUACAGCUUGCACCGCAAAAGUGAGAACCGGCUGGCCGUAAAUGUGAUUUUGGAAAUUUUUUAAACUAAAAUUAAAGCCCAUUUCGAUCGUCCUGAAUCUUGAAUGAGUGCAAUUUGUAAUGCAAAAUUGUGAAAUACUGCAUUCUGUACGAGGACUGUAUGAUAAAAACAGUGCCUCAUAGUACUGUUUCACCUCAGAUUUGAUGUAUAAAUGGUAUAAAAGGUUGGUUUACACGCACCCAGAUUUUUUGGGAAGAUUAUUUUUGUAAAGUAAACUUGUCGAACGCAAAAAAUUCAGCCUGAUUUUUUUGCCAGGCCUAAUUAAUCUAUGGUCAUCAAGAGCUAUUAUGGCUCUUAAACUACUGUGAUCGAAGAUGAUUGCUAUUUUUUGGGUGUACAUAUGAAGCUAUCAGCUCGAUGUAAGUUUUUGUCGACUUGUUUGAUUUGAAAUGAUUUUCAAUAAUAAUAAUAAUGACCUUUAUUAAGUCUCAUUUCUUAAAGCUCAGGCACAGUUCCUUACUAAUUGGGGAGACUGUAACAUAUGUAUAAAACUCUAGUAAUAUAUUGUAAAUUCUAAUUAUAGUUUAAACUUAAAAUUGUCAUUCUAAUAAUUACCUAAUAAUAUCUCUGAAUAGUUAAUUGAGUAACUCUAAAAAAGAGUAAAAAAGGUUAGGCGAACUAAUGCUAACUCUUGCAAAGGACACAGUCGUUACACGAGUCAUCUAUGGUCGAGGCAAUGUCUGUCUUCACCUUUUGAUACAGACUUUUUCACGCUAGUUUUGAAGAGACAGCAGUGAAGAAAUUGUCAACACUGCCAUUUUGAAGAGAAAAUUUGGUUGCCAUGGAAGCACAAUGUAACACUUUGAAACAACAUUCCCUGCUAUCUAUAAGAAAUCGUGGUGUACAGUGUCAUUUCUACAUUAACUUGGUUUUAAAUGCCUGCAAAAGAGAGAAACAGAUCUUGUUUGUCUAGUCUGUUUUGUUUUCCACAUCACUGAGAAAAUCAACACGCAAUGGCCAGCUGCCCAAGCAUCUACAAGACUAUUUGCUUACUUAGUCAUAAGCGUAAGGACUCUUUUAAAGAACUGACUUUCAUUGUAUGUGCUUGUUCACUUGUUUGAGUUCCAAGUCUUGUUUUCAUUUAAGUUUUUCUUUUUUCUAUAAAAGGGAGGGUGUUUAUACAUGUAUAUAUUGAAAAUAUUCACGAUCUGUGUCCACACUUCAUGUGCACAUGAUCCUCAAACUACAUAUUUAAAAGACUAUCGGUGUAAAGUGUGACUUUUAAACUAAACUUGGGAAUCAGUUUUUGUUUUAGUGGUCAACAAUUUUUGCUUCUGUUCCUUCCAAGACUGGACUGUUAUAGAGCUAUAAGUGCCUUCUCAGUGGAAAGUAAUGUUAAGAUGUAGUUAGUUUAUGUAUGACAGUCCAGUGUGACUUUGACCAUUUCACAUCUUCGUGACAUGACUUGUAACUCAAUCACUUGUCUGUAUUAAAGUAGUCUGUGUUUGAAUGAGCUCAUGGCUGGUUAUUACAGUAGGUGGGCAAUUGAGAAAUUUUUUCAUUCUGGUAUCACUGUUAUAGUGUUUGCAGAUUUGUUUUCUCCAAAAUCAUGUGGCCCUCCCUUAAAGUUAAGCAUAGAUUUAAAGAUUUCUUUACAAUGGUUCCAAGUUUUUUUUAAAAUGUAAAUUAUAAGUUUUACUUUUCUAGUAGCCUUGGCUGAAAUUAUCUAUAUAUUAUGGGUGUAUGCAUAUAGUUGUGGGUAUGGUCGAACCUCUCUACAACUGCUACCUUGGGGAUGGAGGUAAACUGUAAGGGGCUGUUGUGGAGAGGUGUCCAAUAUGGGAGGCUAGAACGGGUGUAAUACGUUAUGCAGCCAAAAUAUGUCUCAAUAAUGCAGUACCAAAGCACCUAAGGUACAGCGAGUACAUCAGUUUGAAUAUCAUUUGCUUUUAAAUGGCCAAGGUGGAGAGGUGCCGGUGGCUGUCAGCAGAUAUUUAACUGUAAUGAAUUGGGUUUAACGUAAGUCUUAUUAAUUUGCUCUCAGCUCUUUGAGGACUACCACACUUUCAAGAGGUCAGAUUUCAAGAAGCGGUCGGCAAAAUCACCUGAAUCAUCAGAAAUUGAUAGAAUUCUGAGUUUGGAGACAAAGGUAAGGAGCUCCAAUGAUUCUUUGCACUUGGAAAUCCAGUUAGUAUUAAUCAGGGGCACCCAAGGGGUACUGGUAUUAGGUAAUUAUUACCAAUAUACACAACAUGAUUAGCUAAAACACUCAACAGUUAUAUUUUGAGCUUAAAGAUAGUACUGUACACGUGCUUCAAAAAACCUCUAUGUACACUGUACCAUAAACCCGGACACCCUGGCCAAUUGUCAGGCAUUGAUAGUCCAUUCUACUACAACUAACAAGAGUCUUGUUUUCUUGCGGAAAUUAGGACUUUUGUUGUUUACACCUAAAACUAACUAGGAUUUUUAUUAAAAGUAGUUACCAAUAACAACAACUACUUUAUUCCACGGUAUACAAAACAGCUGUAAGAGAAUACGCAAGAAAGAUAAAUAUUAAUAAAAAUUUACACAGUUGUUGGUAGGGAAAAUGUGGUGAAUUGUGAGAGUUGUCAGCAAAUGAUGCUAUCAUGACCAUGAAAUGGCUGGGCAAUGUACGUGCGGUAUGGGAUUAAUGUAGGCAUAGUUAAUUGAGUGGAAUGGUUAUGAAACCCGUCAGACUCCUUUGUUAUAUGUUUUUGUGGACCUGAAAGUGCACAACGUUCAAAAGAAUUCCUAUCAUUUUGAUUGCAUUGACCAAUAGAAACGUUGCAUUAAUUUAUUCCGUAACAAUUUGCCUACAGAAAACAAAGGAUUGUGCACUUUCAGAGUGCUUCCAACAUAAACUGCAGCACUGUUGUUUUUAUCAUUGAUGUUUGCCGCUUUUCAUAACCAGUCUCCUCUAAUAACUAUGAUGUAGGUAACUUCAUUGUUGGAUCACUUGUACAACUGUUUUUAUUAACGAGUUGCGAAGAGUGAGUGCUGCAAAUGAGCGAGUUUGUGAUUUUUCACAGUCAAAUCACAGUGAGCUUAUGAAUUUGUUAGUCAAUUUUAAUUUAUUACUCAUUGAAAAUGAUUGAAAAAUUCAGAAAAAGUGGUAAGGAAUAAACUACCUCUAGACCAAACCAAAAACACUCAUUCCUGUCGUAGCAUUUUUUUUUUGCAAUACUACAAUACAAACAUCUAAUAAUCUAUUUAUUAUUCAACUUUUAUGCGCUUAACUUUUACUAGAACUGAAAGUAUAAAAGUGAGGAUGUGCGACGGAUUUUUUUACGUGACACGCACCUGGAAAGAUUAUAAUUGGUCAAGGAAAAGUCAACUUAUCAAACCAGUGUGUGAAACAACUGCCACUUGAAACGUUUAUUUUCUUGCGUAGUUAUCAAAAUCUCUAAUAUAAAUACACAUUUUUCAGAACUGCAAUUACGAAGGUGACCUCUGCUUCAAUGUAAAAAUUUUACAGGAAUUUUUCAAUCUGCUUAACACGUCAAUUUUGGACUAAGCUUUCGAAAGCACGCAAAUGGUGACCAAAACUUCGUGGAACAACUCGAUCUUUAAUAGUUGGCUUGAACUCGGUGCUGUCUUGCUUUCCUGCAUUGAAUAUUAAAAUGCCCCCCCCUCCCUUCCAUUGAAAGUUGGGGUAUUUGUUGUUUUCUACAGGUAGCUCAAACAGCAGCACAACGUUGCAUUGAGGGAAUGUGGAGAGAAAAUGCUUUGUUUUCCCCUUUUAGAGACGGUAAAACGUCAAAAAGCCCGCUUCGGGCAAAGUGUCUGAACUAAUUUUGUCGCGUGGUGUUUAGUUUGAAUGUAACUGGUUCUUUGUAGUGUAAUGUAUCACCCUCUAUGGUUAAUUAAUAGCUAAGAACGUUCUUGAGUUCAUUACACACGGUAUUAACAUAAAUGAAAAGAUUUUUUCUCUUAUUGUAGCAAAAAGAAUUAUCUUUCGCAUAAAAAUAUAGUGCAACAACGUUUUGUUUACAAAAAUAUUCUUUCCAGAGGGUACCCAACCAAGUUGAAAAAUUACGGAAAUUCAAGGAGUUAGGGGGUUUGACUAGCACCCCAUGGGGUAGAAACUCCAGAGGGGGGGGGGGAGAUUAUGGAUAAUUUUUGGGACUACACAAUGUAAGGAAAACAGUCCAGCGUAUUUAGGCCUUUCCUUCAAAUGUUGGCAAACUGUCCAUUUGGAUUUUUGUUUGGACCGGAAAUUUUAACGCCUGUGUGACGACUUUUCAAGCAGGUUUUCUAAUGGACAAUACCCAAACGUACAAAUAAUUAACUGUACAAUAUCGUGGUAUAUUUGUACGCGUUUUCUGCUUUUCCUGUACAAUAACUAAUAUACUGUAGCUGGAUAAUAAAUACGUAAACUCAGUUUUGUGUUGCGCAACCUUACCUAUUUUUUAAAAUACUAAAAUGGAUCAGCCGUUAGGUGCCUCUUUUAAAGCUCCUUUGAACAGGGGCGUGGCCAACGUUUGACGUGUUGUAGGCCCGUUCCCUAAAGGUAGCGCCUAAGGGACCGGAUAAUUUGCUGCAGCGGAAGUUGUCUUUUACACAGCCCGAUAUUAAAACAGGUCUUUAUUAUUUGGGCGCGGCCCAAAUAGAGUAAUGGAAACGGCUUGUUUUGACGCAAAUGUGCAAUAGGCACGCAAUACGUGCUAACGUAAACAAGGCAAGUAAACAAGCGAAGUGAGGCGAAUGUCUGCCAUGCGAUCGUCUUGUACAAGGUAAGAGGCAUGUGGGAAAGAAAGCUCUGCUUGCACACGGCACUGAAUCGCACUUUUACGAUCUCUAAAGUUAAUCUGAAUCUUCAGUAUUCUUGCCUCAUCGAAAUUUGGAAGUCUGAAGUCCAGGGAUGAAAUCUAUCAAAAAUAUUUGGAAAAUUAACGUCGGGUUUUGGUCACAAUAAGAUCACAAGCAACGAACCUUGAAACACAGAAACACUAAAAACGGAUCGAAAUCCACCAAUCACAAAUCAUAAACAAUGACCUUUGGAACCCGUUGAAGAAAACUUUCGUUUCCUAAGAGGUCCGCUAAGAUGAUUGACGUCUGACAUUUUUUUGACGAGAGGAUCGAAAUGCACCAAUCACAGAAAGACAGUUUUAAUUGCAUGUUUCCUAAGAGGUCAUCUGAAUUUGCUGUUUUCUUUAUUUUAUGUCCAUUUUUUUGUGAUUGGUCGAAUUUGUUAGGUCGAGUGGAUGAUCCAAUGAGGGACGAUUUGGAUAUCGUUUGAUCCGAAAUUUUUCGAAGCAUGAGAAGCAGUUUGCAUAACAUUUGGCCGCGGCGUUUCGGGGAACGUGUUAAUAUAUUGUUCAAUCAUGUCAUCGCGGGUUAAACUUACAAAUGCACACAAUUUUCGCGGUAGGCCUACACUAAAAAAAUAACACUGAGUGUUUUCGGAAUGGGCUGGUCCGCGAACUCAAAGAAAAACAGGAAAUUAUCAAGACAUUCAAUGACAAGAAAGACUCAUGGACCCCAUAGACGUAAUAACAAAUCAGAAUGUCAGGAGUGUACGUGUAAAAUGGAUAAGAGUUUUAACAGAGGAAUGUUUAACAAGUUUGAGAGUCGCAAGGUUUGUGUAGCUGGUUAUCACUGUGACAAUAGUGAUUUUGAUUUUUGCAUUACGGAGCACAACGAGUUGCCCGUGAUAAAAAUCUUUUCCGAUGAAGGAAGAGACGAUUGUCAACAAUUGAUACCAAAAGGGACUGAGGCUUCUUUUGGAACUACUGUGAUAACUGCAACAAUUCUUUCUAUUAUUUCAAUUUUGUUUAGCAGGGUGACGGUUAAUGUACUUGUUUUUGUAUUGCGUGUCGUGUUUUUUCAUACGAUGCUGUGCGUCGGGAUUGUGCAUUAUCAGCAAGUUUUUUGUUAGUGUUUUGAUGAUAGCGAGGUGACGACAAGAGAAGGUAAUGAGGUAGUUGUGCAGAAGGAAAAAUGUGUUGUGGAGGAAAUAAAAGAAGUUGACUUGAGAUCUCGUCGUGGGAAAUUUAUUUAUAACAGAACUUACAAUUUCAUUGAUUUAAACCAGGUUAGUCCAUUAUAUUUUCGGCAUGACAAAUUACCAUAAAAUCGAGAUUGCAAUCAGGAAACUCGCGGUGUUUUCAAAAUUUGCAUAAAUCGGCCGCUGCAAAGAAAUAUUUAGGUUACAAGCGCCUCGAAAUAUUGUACCUUCAGAGCGGCAUAGCUUUUACUUGUGCUAUAUCUUUCAAAACUAUCGAUCUAUUCUAGCUCAAAACUCUCAAAGCAGCGGUUUAAAUGGUAAGGCCCGUGGCUGGUUGAAAUCGUCUCUUGUUUGUUUUCAAACGAUUUAGGAUGGAUCGAACAGACUUUGGAUCGAUCAUUAUUUUAUCACCUUGAGGUAUGAACGAAACCUAUUUCUUCUCGAUAAAGUUCACUCAACAAACUUGACUUUUCAUAUGUGGAACGAACUGACUUUUUUAUGGAACGAACUGACUAUUUUAUGGAACGAUCUGACUUAGAACGAUGUCAACGAUCUGACCCUGGAACGAAAUGACCGGUUAGUACCGUCAUGCCCCUAGCAGACUACCAAUGAACAAAUUAAAAUCUUUGUUACAGAAAACACGGAAAGUGACACUUUUUGUAUGGAAGAGUAUUCGGAAAAAUACACCAUUGUCGUCUGAAAUUCAUCGUUACGUUAAAAGUAGAAAAGGUUUACAUUUAAACAGGUACAGAAGUAACAGUAACAGUGUGAGGUUUUUACUUAAGGGACAACUACAAAACUUGUUCGUAAACGAGGGAAGGUGUAUCUGUCGUCCAAGCAGCAGAGCACAGGUGAUUUAGGUGGAAUGAGAUAUCCAAAUGGGCUUCUAAGUAAGAAUUUGCCCCUCUGUACAUGUAAUUAUCCAUUUUAUAGUGCUUCAAACAGUUUGAAUCACUGGGUUAAUUUUGGCCAAUUUAAGCUUUGUACUGAUAUAGAGAAGAAUCCAGGACCUUCAGUUUAUGUAGAUGCUACAAAAACAAUUAAUGCUCCAUACUGUCAAGGAAAUGUUACAGGAUUUGGGGAAAAUGGUGGACAACGAUGUGUCGCAAUGAGUCUGUACGCUUUAAUUUACAGUAAGAUAACAAAGAUGACUUCAGUUGAUGAUAUGGCUCAAAUAAUGAUUGUUGGUAUUCAAUUAUAUUCUUGUCUGUCACUGCUUGAAAGACAAUCUAUGUUAAUGGUAACAGAAUUGCCAGGAAUGGUUACAGUGUUUGAGCAAUUUUUCCACCUUGAAUACAGUGACAGUUAUACUUGUAACAUCCAUCACUACUCAGUAUAUGCCACUCACAGGUUACAGCAUUUCAAACACUCUUGGCACUGAACUACAACUCAUUCAUUUUGACGGUGGCAAUUAUUGGUAUUGGUAUCUGCAGCAUUAAGGCUGGGGGAUAUAAUGCAUUUGAUUCUCAUGCUAGAGAUAUGUAUCAUAACAGCCAUAGUGAAGGGACAAGUGUAUUGUUGGAAAUACCAUCCAUGCAUAAAUAAGUACAAUAUUUUCAGACUCUACAUAGGAAUGAGGAUAUAUAUGAACUUAAAGCAACCCUCCAAGUUGGGACCAUUUUAGUCGCCAUGGCGCCUAAAAUUUUGGAACUGGCGACUUGAUUUGGAGAAUAGUCACCAAGCUGGCGACCGUGAAGAAUAGGUUCGUGUUGGCGUAUAGAAACAGAAAUGGUAAUCACUUCUACUGAAAUAUAAGGACAUUUAUUCUAGCUGAUUUGAAUUCUAUUACUUUUUUACUUUUCUGUUGAAAAACAUGCUAAAUUGGAAACUUAAAAAAUCUCAGAGCUAAGCGUUUUGAAAAUGAACAUUAAUGAAACUUGACUUGCAUUCGUUCGCCAAAUCGCCUUCAGUCUGUUGCCUUGCACGUGACAUUUUAACUUUUGACACGUGACAAAUGGCACGCAAUCGAAGCGCCUUGCUUGUCGACAGUGACGAUUUCUUCCAUAUCUUAGGAAUGCUUGUCAAGCCAAGCUGGGUGGUUUUUUAACUGGACUACAUAUUAUAAAUAUUUUUGAAUCAAUACUGAAACAAUCUAAUAACAUGAAGAGGGAAAGCUAAAUUGGUGCAAUUUCAACACAGAACAUUAUGUGAUAACCGUAACAUGUGAACCGUGCUGCGAGUUGAAUCGCGGUCUUGUAAACAAAAGCGAUAAAUGUAAGCGAAACUAAACAUCGCGAAACUGACAGCUUAUGGUUGUUGCAAAAAAUGGUUUUUUUUAAACACCUGUAGCGAUGAUAAAGGAAAAAGAAAAUUUAUUAUUUCGUAAGCGGCAUUUUUGUUUGGGUUCCUUUCAAUUGAUUGGGGAAAACAUUUUUUCCCAGUACAACUCGUUGCGAAAUUUUCACGUGCGCGAUGUUAUCUCUAUAAAGCAAUGAUUUGAUUUAGAAAACUUGUUGAUCUUCCUUUAUUCUCCUGCCUUUUUCAGGCUUUCGCGAUGUCUAGCGAUAUUAAAAACGACCUUUUAAAUCUCCAAAAAUGUUUGAUAGUUGGGGAAACAAGUUCAUCAUCAACAGAAGUUGCAAAAGAAAUGCGAAACAAAUAUCAGAAAAAAAAAAAGGUCGCAUAUCAAUUUGCGACUGGGAAAUUUUGAACCAUUAACAGAGGAUGAGUUAAGUUGUGCUCUCAUAUACCAACUGGGGAUUAUGCAGAAGGAUUGAAGGUCCUAAAGACAACUGGAAAUGGUAAUUGUCUUUACAAUUCCGUUUCAGUAUUGAUUCAAGGAGAUGAAUCUGCAAACCAUAUUCUCAGACUAUCAGUAACUAAUGCCUUGCACAAUAAACGAGUAAUUUAUAGACAGUGCUGCAUUUUAAGUUAAACUUGCUAACUGCUUUUGUGAAUGACAAUUUUGAUAUAUUAAUAUAUUAAUAUAAUUUGGCGCCUAAAAAUUUCCUCUCGAGACUAAACCCAAAGAGCUGAUCGCCAAAUGGCCAGUGAACAAAAAUUUUAACUUUGAGGGUUGUAAAGGUGUACAUAUUGCCACCUUUGAGCCUCAUCUUUUCUCAAGCAAUGUUGAAAAUUGUAGUAUAUCAAAUGUUAAUAGUUACCAAUGUUCCUGUAAACAGUGCUGACUUAUAGCAGUUUAUGCAAUGUGUUACUCUCUUAUUAAUCCUUGUGGAUACUGGACUUAAGGAGCUUUAUUUGCCCUUGUUACUAACCGGAAUACACUGUACAAAGUUAUGGGUGUGAAAACACAUCUGUUAGCUGAGGUAAAACUUACUCUCCGGGCUGUAACCACUUAUGUCCUAUGUUGCAAUUUGGCUCCAAGCGUGUCUGCAUUGAAGGUGUACAUAUUUUCAAACAUUGUCGUGAAGUGACACUAUUUUUGUUGCUGAUUGGGACAUACUGUAUAAGCUGUGUGGUUCAGCAAACAAGUGGAGUAAAGGAUUUGUCUUCUCUGGUAAGAUAUGAUGACAGUUGUUUAGCUGCAAUAAGGCAUGUUCAAAGUAUCAUACCCGUAGUACGACCACGCCCAAAUAUACGCUCACACAGCAUCUUGUUCUUUUUAUUUCUGUCAAUUGUAUUCGUUGCUCUUCGAUAGAUCUUGAAUUACCGAUCUCAGUACCAAUUAUGAAAAGGGGCUUCAAUGACACAUGUUACAACCGACCUGUCCAAUAGCGAAAGAAAAAAGUUCAACAUCAGUUUACGUCUGACUUGGAGGGUAUGAUCUUACCAAGCAGUUGAAUGAAGCCUGGAAUAUUCAUCUUCAUGCGCCGAUCUGUUGGUGCCCAUUUCCGAGAGUCUCUCGAAAGUAGUCCAUUCAGGCGAUCUUACAUCGAAUAGCAGUUGGUUUUGAAGCUCCUCAUUCUGUACUGGCGUGGAAGCAACGUAGACCUGGUACUAACUGGGGGAUUUUUGUCGGAUUUUGAGGUAUUUCAGCAAAGCGUCAAGGAGUGCACUACAGUGCAAUCCAAUCGUGUGUCGCCUUCAGGUCCACCAAGCUAUGAACAAUAAUUCCAUGCAGAUAUGUGUAUAUGCUGUAAAGUCCAGGUACGGGAUUGUAGAAAGAAUCGUAAAGCCACGCUUUACACUGCGCUUGUGGAGGAAAACUGGGAUAAUGUGCUCGCUUCUCCUGAUGUUCAGCAAGCGGUUUUUGUAUUGGAAGAAAAGAUUCACGGUCACAUGGACACGUGUAUGCGAGUCACAACUGUAUCUACGUCGUCACGCGAUCCGCCGUGGAUGACACCACUACUUAAGUCUAUCAUCAGAACGAAGUUCAGAGUUUCGUGUCUGAGCAAAUGGCUGACAUCUUCGCGGAAAAUAGGAGAAAGUUUAUGGCUGCCCAUUCAGAUAGUCGUGCAUGGUGAAUUGUCGCAGCGGCGUCGUGCAUCCUGCAAAGUAAACCUGGAAAACAGCUGUUUUAUGGACUUGAAUGAUUACUUCGCCAAGCUCUGCUCAGAUGAUAUGUACGUAGAAACAACUCCUGUCACAAUCAGCAAUGAGGUGGAGAUCCCGGUAAUUUUCGAACGGCAGGUCUGGAAUUUACUUAGCGCUCUUAAAAGAACUGCUACUGGACCCGACCAGAUUCCUUACUGGGUUUGGAAAGAGCACGCAGAGAUUUUUACGCCUUUUAUCACUUAAAAUCACUUAAAUCUGGAAUCUCUCAAUCUCUACUCAGUGUUUGCCAUCAUCGUGGAAGCGUGUGAUUAUCAUCCCCCCUACCCAAAGUGGAUGUUCCUAAAGCACAUGGUGACUAUCGCGGCAAUAAUAUAACUCCUGUUAUAGCGUGGGCUUUCGAGAAAAUUGUGUACCACUGCUAUACCCGCAAGACCAUUGAAAGCCAUCUCAGCACCUCACAGUUCGCCUACUGAAAGGGUGGAAACUGUACCGAUGCUCUCUUGUCAAUUCAACACAGGAUAAACAGCGACUUGAAUAACCCGGAUUGUAAAGCAGUUCGCCUUUUUGCUAUGGACUUCAGCAACGCUUUUGACUCCGUGAACAUAAAAUUCUUGCAAAUAUAUUAAAAAAGCUCCCACUGAAUCCAUAUAUCACCAAUUGGUACUUGAACUUUUUAAAGGAUAGAAAACAAAGAGUAUGUUGCAACAACUUUGAGUGUGACUGGAAACCGGUUAACAAAGGGACAACUCAAGGUAGCGUUAGCGGGCCGUACCUUUUUAACAUCUUUCUCAAUGAUCUUAACAUCACUUUAGGUAAUCAUGAUGCGCUAUUUAAGUAUGUUGAUGAUUCGACAAUUAUUGCUCCUGAAUAGAAGUGUUAUGAAGUAGUCUUGUGGUUAUUUUUGAUAUUAUUAUCAUAAGGAUUUUUGAUGACAGUUCUGUUUGUUCUUUGUUCUUCUCGUGAUUUAAGUUUGGUUAUGUUUGGGUUUGAGAAUCAAGGUUAACCAAUAUAUGCGUUAACAGGUUUUUGAGUGUUAUUACCUUUUUAAUGGGUUUGUCGACAGAAGUGUCAUCAAGCUUGGGGUUUAAUUAAGUUUGAUUGUCAGUUUUUAAGUGGGUACGUUUUGGGACCAUUGCUGACCUUGCUUAUUACCUACAUCAGAGUUCCUGUUUUGGUUCAAGGUUUAGCCUCGUGGAUUUAGCUGUCGAGCUUUCAUUGGUUUUCUUGUAGGAUUGUUUAUUCCACUUUUGUUAACAACGGGAAAUUCGUUAGAAGUCAUUCGGAAUAGCUUUCGUAACUCUCAUGAUCAGCAAGCCUAAACGUACCUGCGUUAUGCUUAUAAAAGUUGUAUAGUUGGAUGGUUACUAGAGCGUGAUUAGCUGUUGUAAGAAGCUGAGCUGUAGACGUUUGUGUUGCCGCCAGUAAUUAAACGAGGAAAGUAUCAAAGCUUUGUCAGAGUCCUGGAGUACUCUCGCUAGGGGAGCUGUCCCCGUCGAAGAAACCCCUAACAUAAGGAGGUAGACUACACCGAUCAGUAGGUAUAGGUAUAGGUGUAUUCCAUCAGCUAAAACUUUAAAAAUCUUCAAUGCGUACUCAAGUUUGGGCUUAUGAAAGAUAAUGUCACCGUUUUUCAAUGGCCAUGAAAUUCAGAAUCCGUGUAGUUAGUAAAUCAAUUCUGGCCCUGCAAAAAUUUGAGGGAAAAAAAAAUUACGACUCUUUAAGAAAAUGCUUUUUUUGUGAGAAGCACUCUUAAACGCUGACAAACGUGAACAAAUAGCUAAAACUAUAAUUUCUAUUUUUGUAUUGCUCAAAAUCGCGCGCAUUUAUAAGGUCCUUCAGCUUUUUGCAGACUUGCUAGAACCCAUCUGUUAUAAAGAUCCCCAAAAUAAGGAGGUAAUCUCAUAGUUAAUUAGAUAUGAUCGUUUAAAGUUUGCUUAUCAUUUUCACGUCGAUUAUGACCUAAAUUUGGAAACUGCUGAAUUUCUCGCAUUGGGUCAAACUCUAUUCAACGCAAGGCGUUAAUGCGACCUAUAUGUAGCCGAGAAAUUUUCGCAAAAAAAAUGCCGUAUUGUAGAUUGAUCUAUGUUAUCCAUGCUAUAUGUUAGACUUACGAUCAAAGUAAUCGUGGGGGUACCUCCGAGUUACUAACCUUCGGACUUGUUCUCGGCAGAGAUCUCCUGUGGUCUAAGCGACCGAUCAGGAAAUUUAAGCUUUUUUAGUGGCUUACAGAGAGUUCGUCCGUAUCUUUGGCUCUACAGUGAACAGAAAAAAAGAACGCCGCAGCAAAUGAUAACAGGACGCUGUGGGAGCGUACACUUCGGCGUCGGGGUUGUGGAAUUAAUUGUGAAUGCGGAGGAAUAGUAAGAAAGGAUAUUUUAGUCAAAAAAAAUUGUGGUUUAGCAUCAAACUAAUUGCAACACCAUUUUUUUCAACGCCAUUUAAUUGUUGGAUGGCUAUUUACAAUUUCAGGAAGAUCACAAAUUGAGACAAAACAUCUGCUAAUUGUUUUUUUUUUCUCAAGAAUUUUCGAUACAACGUCGUUAAUAUAUUUUGGGUAGUUUUGCUGUUGUUGUUUUUUUUUGCGCAAUAUCAGAAAUGCAGUGACUAGUUUAGCAGUUUUGCAUGCUGGUAAUUUUUUUUUUAUAUCUUGCCACAUGGAAGCAAAUUUAGUAGCUGACUGAUGGUGAACAGUUUGAUUUGAUAUUUUGUUUACCAUCAGUCAGCACCCUAAACAACUCGAGCUGAUCUCGAGACAUCUCGAACAACUUCCGCCCUCACUUCGGCAACAAACUGCAAGUUUAUGACAUUCCUGAGCGUCGCAAAUCCUUUAAUACUUCGCGCUCCGUCUGAAAUAUUUAUUAGGGACUUUAAGAUCCAGCGACGCGAACGGUAACGAGAACGUCAAGAAAAAAACAAUAGGUUUGAUUAGCAAAACAACAACUUUGCACUUGCACCCUGCUUUUUUGUACAUUUCUCUUCCCGUUUUUGCACGACUACGACGUGAACAUGCCUUAUUUCGCGUUUUACGGAAGACGUAAACAAGCAACGACGAAAUUUUAUUUCUCUUUUACUGUACUUGGAUAUGGUGCCUAGGAAUUCAACUCCAGGAGGGUUCGCCUACAUUUGACAAAGUAAGUGGGUAGGAAUAAUAUAGACUGAAAGAACGCAAAUUCACUUUUUAAGCGACGUUCUCAUUGCCGUCGCUUUGUUGGAUAUUAAAGUCCCUAGUGAAACCGAAAGAACACGAAGUGAUCUCGAGAUAUUUCGAACUCAAUCCGGUUUCACUACGUCAAAUACCCGAACCGUAAAUCGUGCCGAAUCGUGUUCCGAAAAAAGCAACUUUGGGACAUUCCUGAGCGUCGGGAAUCCUUUACUUCGCGCUCCUCCGAAGUAAAAGAAUAAAACGUGCAAAGUGAUCAAACUAUCCUUCCGAGUUGUUCACCAAAACCUGAGCCCCGUCCACCGUAUCCGUUUGUGUUUGGAAAGGGAGAAUACCCACCCCCAUCCCCGCAGCAAGGACGACGACGACGGCAGUGAAAACGUCGGUGAAAAAAUGAGUUCGCGUUCUUUCAAACUUAAUCGCUCUAUUUGGACCCGCUCAAUAUAUCAAAUGCAGGCAACUUUUCCUGGAGUUGAAUUCUUAAGGAUUUUAUUCAGGUUCAAAAAGAGGAAGGAAAAUUCGUCGUCGCAGGUCCACGACCUCCAUAAAACGGCAAUUAGGAGGUUUCACGUCGUAGUCGUGCAGUGGACGUCAAAGAAAUGUACUAAAAAGCGUGAUGCACGUGCAGAGCUGUUGUUUUGAUCAUUAAACCUAUUACUUUUUUGAAGUCGUCGUUGUGGUCGUCGUCGUAGUUGCUUAAGCUCCCUAAUAGUAACUGAAAACGGAACCAUCUUUGAUGUAAGCAUACGCAUUUACUGAUAUCCAACACCGUGACUUGAUCGUUUUCAAAAAACUUCGUUUUAUCCAUCCACUCAAGUCAAGGCAAGCGUCGUUUUCAAAACCAAACAACUUUAAUUUGAAUCCUUGACUCGUUUAUUUUGCCUGCAUUUUUCCUUAUGUAAUUUUUCAUUAUAAUUUAUGGGAAAUUUCCACUCUGGGGAGUGUUUAUAAAGAUGCAUUGUCGGUGACUGCUUUCACCGUAUACGUGUGGACUGUGAGCCAGUUGACGAAAUAAUUACAGAUUGUUUUAUUGAGUGGAAUAACAUGAAAUGAGUAGAAAUCACCUUUGGACAAUUUGACAAUUCUACUGGAAGUGAAGUAAUAAUGUUGGAGUAUCAGUCUUAUCAUUGAAAGAUGCAUGAUUUUAUUGUAGAUUUUAGAAAAGGAGGUGAUUUGUUAAAAUAUUUUGAGCAAAGACUAGACGACUAGACUCGUUCACGUACAAAUUGUAAACGGGGCAAAGUCCAACGUCUUCAGGUGCAAAUUGUGUAUACAAGUUAUUUUUAUAAUCCUAAUUAUUCGAUUACUUUGUGAUAACUCUAAUUCUCACCACUUUCACGUGUGCCAGUGUGACUGUACAUCUCAUUCAGAUUGCCUUUUUACAGUUAUAAUGGUAACUUUAACGUCUGAAGACUUGUUUCGUUUUGUAACCAAUGCCUUAAGUAAAGGCUCUUGUCUUUUCAGAAGAAGUAGCUUUUAAAACGCGAAGAAUUAAGUUGUCAGAGUUAAAGACUGUUUCAUUGAGUAGAAUCGCACGUGAAAACCUCGUGAAUUAUGAUGAUGCAAUCAUCUACCACAAUCAAAAAAAUCCUAAUAUUUGCUAACUAUUCGGUAUUCGAUUAGCCACAUUAUCGUAAGAAACUCCGAAGAAACCUCCAACGUUUAGUGAGUUGAUAGUUAUUGUACUUUAACAAUUUGUUUAAUUUGCACCACUGAGAUGUAUCAGGGAAAGACUGAGGAAAGUAAAUGUAUAGCAUGAUGAGCGACACAGCUGAGCAUUUCGCGUUUUCUUUUAUGUAUAGCAAUACCCAAUUUCGCAUAAAAACAGGAUGAAAAAGGUAGAUUCAUCAUUCUUCUAACGGUUACAAGCAUUCAAAAUAGCUCAUGCACGUUAAACGUGCCUAUGUUUACACCUCUAGCCUGAAAACGGUACCCCUUUCGGGCGGACCACCCCAAGAUUGUUGAUUAUCUUUUUUGUUGUUGUCUACGUACUUUUCACAGUUUUUUUGAUCUGUUGUAUUGUCAUUUGGUGAUACCUUCAUUCAGAGCAACAGGAAACCACCCGAUUUGUAGAUUUUGCUGAAAAUGUUACUUUGUCAGGGAACGAGUACCCGAUUUUAAAUUUUUGAAUGGUUUUUCUGGCCACGUCGUCACACCCCUGUCCAUCAAGUUUAUAUCUGCUCAUGACUUAUUACUUUUAUUAUUAUCUAUAUUCAGGUUGAAUGGUUUAAGCAGCAGAAAAUAAAACGGUACCAACCGUUUUCCGUAAAGUUUGAUGACCCUCGCUUUAAAGAUCAGUGGUACAUUGUAAGUUUGUCCUCUUUUACAUUUCAGUUAAUUUCUAUCCUGCUAGCAGUCCCUCCCCCCCCAUAAAAAAAAUGCUUGAAAUAAUCUUUUGCCGUGUUUUUCACCAUUUACGAGUUUUGUGGGCAGAUGUUCUCGUUUUGUGCUUAAAUGUGGUAGUCCACGAGAAACUUCUCACAGUGAACUGUGGGCUUGACUCGUAAAACGGUGUGGGGGAGAGAAACGGGUAGGUUUAGUUUUGCUGUUUGUUGUUGCUUUUCUCUUCAACACUCCCCUCCUCAAACCGGUCGAAAACAGUCAAAAGAGAGCUUGCCCGGAGGCUUCAAAACCGGCGUUCGAUGAAUGCAGAACACCGGAUAACUCUGAAUUUAGUGAUUAGAGUCAGGAAACUGAGUGAAUUAAGUUUCGGGUUUGUUUUCCCAGUUUGGUGACCCUUGAUUCACUCGGUUUCCUAAUCCUAAUCACUAAACUCAUUGUCAUUUGAUCCUAAAAAUGCGCCUUGGGGGAAGAGGGGGGGUGUAGGAAUUCGUAACCAAAUCGAUAUCUUUUCUACAACAUUCUGAGUAAGCGAAAAUUAUACUGAAGCCACGGUAAACGUCGUUUUUUUUUUUCACUUUUCGGUGGGUAAAUGAUUGAUUACUCUCCAUCGCUGAGUUUUUUCCCUUUUCCUGCGAAAUGUAAAGAACCGAAGGUGUUCAGUGCAGCGCUUAUUUGGAUGUACUUGUCGUGUCUUAUCUAAACUCGAGUAUUUUGCCAUAUCAAAGAACACUUUUGAAAGAACAGAUUUUGCAGAUCAAAGAAUGUGAGUUACGGGUCACUCAGUAAACAUGAUGCGAUUGUCACAACAGUGUCACGAGGAAAGAACAUUGUCAGAACACUACUGAAAACGAAAAGUAACAAGAAAAAUGGGUACAUUUUUGAGGCGGGACUGUAAUUUCCACCAUUAUGAUGUCUAAAUAAGAAGUUACCCUUUUGAAACAAGAACAGGUUGGCAUCAGUUUUAACUGGGGCCAUUUCCACCACGCGCACCCUCCCCCGAUGUCUCUGCCCAUAGCUAAGAAAAUCUAUCCAUCCGAGAAAAUUUGGUAAUCAGGUGACUGUACACCGACCGCACGACCGUCCGUCCGCACCAGGGCAACCAAUGUUUAACCUCACACUUUAUAGCUAGUUUAAGAGCCUGCAACCUGAUAUUGCUCAUCCAUGUUGUGAUCAAUUGACAGCUGUCAAAAUAGGGUAUCCUCUGACCAGCAUCACCUAACCGUAUCGCGGGCUUAGUAUUUUUUGAAGUUAUCCGCUAACAAGUUACUAGUUUUCAAAUGAUCGCAGGCUCAAGUUCAUUUUUAUCAAAUGCAUUGGCCUUCGGCGACUGAUUGUUUUAGUAUAAGUACUUUGAUGAUUAUGCACCUAUCAAUGUAAACCCCGUGGGGAGUGCGGGCAAGGGGUGGGGAUUUGACAAAUUUUAAAAUUUUUUGAUCAAAUUCCCCAGGGUGGGAAACGAAAGGUCAAUCAAAAGUGUCAAAAAAAGCCUCGACCCCAGGGGAAAAAAUCUAAACAAACAAUACUAUAAUACUGUAUAAAACGAAUUAAAAGAACAUUUCAAAAGUACGUCCUUACUUAACGUAAGUUCCGUGAAAUUACUCGCUUUAAUUAAUUCUUUUCCCCCUCCACUAGCAUCUCUUAUUUUGAACAACAAAAUCACUCCAGGAAGAUUGACCGUGCUAUUAUAAUAUUAAUGAAACGUAAAAUGCUUUAUAACAUCUGCUCAACAUGUCGGAACAGGUCAGAUUCAUGGUGGAAUUCGAUUUCAAUCGAGUUUUACAAUCAGAUGGGAACUUGAAGAUAAAAACUUUCUCAAAAUAGACAUUAUCUGUUUAGAUGACAGUUUAAAGUAUCGGAUUAUGGCGAUUAAAACAAAUAAAAACUUCUCACCUUUCUCCAACAGCGUGACUUUCAGAAAUGCUCGAGGGACGGGACUUGGUAACCGCUUCUGAAUUGAUACCAGGCUUCUGUCGGUCAAAGUCAAAUGUCCCGACCCCGGGGUCGCUUCGCACGAUCAAAAGUCCGACAGGGGGAUAGUCUCAGGCAUUUCCCUUUGCCUGCACUCCCCCUCCCCCCCCACGGGAUUUACAUUGAUAGGUGCAUUAGUGGAGAAAAUAAAGUGAAAAAGAGAAACAUUUUUGAAAUAGUUUGGGGCUUAAAGAUGUCGGUCGAGGGCGGCUGUGAUCGACAACAAACUGGUUUUCUUAUAAUAGCUGCCGUCGGUUUUCCUCACCGAAACGUAAAAUUUUGCCAGAUAUCUAUUUAAUUCAUCGACUUCCAUGUUUUCUAUUUCAUUUGUGAACUCUUGCUGCUGUUGAAACCAUUCUGUAGGACAAAAUAUUUCGCAAAAGUUACUAAAAGUUGCCGACACCAAAAAAAUGUAUUUAAACAAGCAUACCAGUUUUCAUUGAAUUGUGUUACUUGCAAAAGAGAAAUUUUAUCAACCUACCUUUGAAUAGCUUGACUCCAAAUUUUGUAGCAUCUAUUUCUUUUUUGAGAAACAGCAUUUUCUUUAAAUUGAUCAAUUUCCGACACCGAAACAUCAACAAAUCUGGCUGCCGUUUUGGAAACUGCCAGCCUUGAAUGUUACAAUCACCGUGCGGUGAUUAUAGCGGGAUGAAGUGAAGCUCCUAGCCAAUCAUAGCGCUCAAUUUUCGAUAAUCAUCAAUAUAAUCAUUAUAUUGAUGAUUAACGUAAUUAUUAUACUAAUAAUUGUUAGUAGUAUCUUGCGCAAUUUUAAUCGAUGUGCCAGUUGUUUCAGUCGUUCGUGAACAUCGCAAGCAGGAGUACUCAAGAUGCCGUGCGUAUCAAACGCUUUUAAAGUUUACACGUAAUAAAACCAUAACAAAAAAUAAACAUAAUAAAUUUGAAGCGUACCUCUGUUAAUGUUAAUUUAAGCACUCGACAGGGGGAAAGCACAAUACGUUAGCUUCAGACACAGCGUCAUACUUAGCGUAAGGGGGGUGGGGUGGGGAUCUUAAACGGAUGAGCAUAGACUGGUCAAUAUGUUGCCCUAGUUCUAAAUUUGGUGCCCUAAGUAUCCCCCAGUUAGGAAUUUUAGGGGGUUAUACCCCCAAAUUAAAUGCCAGAGCAUUUCCCCAUGGCACAUACUCACACAACACGCAAGAACUAACCACGGCACUCCCCGGGAAGGAAAUUCACGACGCACACACAGAAAUAAAAUAAAAAUAAGAAGCAGACAGGAUAACUUAAGCAGGUCCAGGACCCGACGAAAAAGGAAUGCUAUGCUUUAAGUCGUCUAGUUUAAAAUGUACUAGGUUCCUACAACUCCCUAGCUUAAUUACUUGCUUAAACAGAGAAGGUAACGCUUAUCUUGCUGGCAUUUGAACUCUCGAAGAUUCUUCGCGUGAAAAAUAGUAAGAAGCCUCUCUCAUCCACAGAGGCCUCUUUGUGUCGUACAUACGGUUAUCUUUUUUACGACUAACGCAUUUUAAAAGAGCACGAUAUAACCUUUUAAGUAAUAUACUUCUUUUCACCACUCGACCAUUACCCACUCGAAACACGUAUGCCUACAGGAUGAACCUAUUUUUUAGCAACAAUCAAGACUAUCUUGUUGUCAGUGAGAGCAUUUGAUUGUUUUGCAACUGAAUGUUGACCCCGUACUCUUCUUUCUUACGUUCUUAGGAGAGAGCGAAAGGUCCAACAUACAACAUAACAUCUGUAUGGCAGAAAUACUCGGGAGAAGGAGUUUUGGUGGCAGUGGUAGAUGAUGGAGUUGACGGAAAACACCCUGACCUUUCUGCAAACUAUGUACUACUUUCAGUUUCUCUCUUUUUUUUUUUUCUCUUAUGCUUUUCUUUCAUUGUUUAAAACAAAAACCGCACCCUUAAAAAAAUUGAAGUUUGUUGUUCACUUUUUCUCCAAAACAACUCGGUUGUUACUAUCAUGAAUGAUAAAUUACUGCUUAAUUAUGGCACGAAAUUUCAGCGUUAUUUAUAUCACUUGUGAAAUUACAAAAUUAUUAAGGCAACGUUUCCUGUGCCUCCGUGUCCAUGCCGAUGAUAGUCAUGGGCAUCUGUCCGGUCAUCAUGUCCGACUGCAGGUAGGGUUUUUUUGACUCUGUGAUUCCUUAGAAUUUUUUGAAAUCCUACUUUCGUUCUGUAAAGUUAAAUGAAAUUGAACACACUAGACUGUUUCGUAGACUCGUGUAGUUGUUUGAACACGCUUGAAAAUAAGCUUCUGGGAGCGGUUUAACUGAAAGCGAAUAUUGUCUAUAGUUACAUUUUGAGCCAAGGGCAAACCUCUACGAUAACGCAACAAAGAAAAUACAAAUACAAACUUACAGAUUAUUCUCACAUGAGGAAAAAAAGAUGAAAAAUAAACAGCGACGCGAUCGAUCCUCGGAUAAUCCCGAAUCAGUUGAGACAAACUCUAAAAACUUCGGGAUGACAAUGUGAGCAAUGGCAAGACUUCAGUUCUACCAUCUCAAAUCUCUAUUUAAAGAAACAAACAUUCCUUGAGGAAUGGUUUGUAGUGCUUCGUGCUUAUCUUAAUUGUGUUAUAUUUUCUUCCAUAGAACUCCACAGCAAGCUACGAUUUUGUGGAAGAUGAUAAAAUACCUGUUCCAAGUGGAAGAACGGUGUCAGGGUAUGUAGAGUUUCCUCAGUGAAUCCUUCAAACGCUUUUAAUAAAAUUAUUUCUGUUCUAUUUUCUAUGGCGAGGGAGUGAAAAAGAAAACAGUUACAAACGGACAUAAACUCGCUGUGUACACUCUAAACUCAGACUAUGAAUAAUUCCUGGAGUAAACUGAUCGGCGUUUGGUGGUAUGAUAUUGGCAGGGAAGGGCUUAUGAAGGGUCUAAUUAUCCUAAUGGGAAUAUUCCUAAACAAUCUGAUUCACAACAAAAAGGAAUACAUAAUAUUGUAAGUCAGGGUUACCACACUCAGGCAGGGCUGUCAUUAACUAUGAGUGUGGUCCCCAGGUACUUUUAUUGGAAAAUAGAAGAAAAAUAGAACCAAAAGAAAUUCCUAGUUGUUUGAUUCUCCUCCUGCAUUUUGUAUUUACCCGGCAACUUGAAAUCUUAGUGACAAUCCUGCUCAGGGAAAAGUCAGGGAAUUUUACAAUAAGUCAGAAAAAUCGAAAGCAGUGAAAAGGAAGGGAAUUAUAUUUUCAGGCUAUUACGGGGUGGUGAAGAUCAUGAAAAAAAAAAACGACAUUUUGUUUCGGAAAACCAUUCUGUAGUCGAUCAGUUUUAAUGCUACAAAUCUUGUAAAAAAAAAAAUACAACUGUUUUGAAAACUGAAGAAAUUAACUAAUGCAAGGUCAGUGAAAGUCAGGAAAAAGUCAGUUGUAAUCAGUAUCAGCCCUGUUAGACUGAUGGUUUGGGGGUUAGCACAUUCAGACAGUAUUCUGGAGGGUCAUGUGUUCAAUCUUGUUGCAAACGUUUUCGUUCUCAGUUUAUCUUGACUUGAGAACUCUUUUUCGUAAAUUCGCAUCCAAGUCGCAUCUAUAUGUCCAUAUUAAACCAAGAUAUAACGAGGAGCAAAUGACGUGAAACUUUUGCAUUCAAACGGAGAAAUAGUAUUGUAAAUGGUACUUUUGAUUUCAUGUUGUGCAAUUUACAGCUUAGACCUAAAAUUCCAUGUUUAUUAACUGGCAAACAAAGAAAUAUCGUCCGGAAAUGUUUACAUGGUACAAAAUUGCGUUACUCUCCAAUCGUAAUUUAUGUUUAUUUAUGUUCAAACUUUCAACUGCAUAGUACUCUGAACGAAUCUGUUGAAAUUCAAUAAUCAAACUCGAUCGCGGUCACGCAAUGAAAUAUAUACACACAGGGGAUACUUCAAAACCACAACAAUUUGCUGUAGUUGAAAAGAAACUAUUAAACAACAACAACAACACCAAAUGCUUUAUUUGCAUGACCAUAAAGGAAUUACAGUAUUGCAAAAGCUAUUAGUCUAAAUUUAAGUACUAAUUCAACUAAUUAGUACGUGCAAAACAUUACAAAACGUUACAGUUUUCAUUCAUUCAUUCAUUGAAUAUUAAUUUGGUUGGUUUAUUUGGUCCUUAUUUGAUAUUAAUUUGGUUGGUUUAUUUGGUCCUUAUUUGAUAUUAAUUUGGUUGGUUUAUUUGGUCCUUUUUUGAUAUUAAUUUGGUUGGUUUAUUUGGUCCUUAACAAGAAGAGAGAAAACAAGAAAGCGGUUGUUUCAGAUGUAGUAGCAAGUGUGAUUUAUGUAAAAAUUAUUUCAGAGAAAGUAAUGUUUUAUAUAUAUAGUGGUUCUACCGAGCGUUUUUAUAAUAUUAGACAACAUGUCAAAUGUGAAUCGGAGAAUGUAAUUUAUCUAGUGAUUUGCAAAAACUUUAAAAUUCAGUAUGUUGGUAUGUUGGUUCUACUUCCAGUGAAUAUAAGGUCAGAUUCCGUGGCUUUACUGCAGAAUACCCGGCCAUUUCGGGGAUUCCGUUUUUUUUUCCUACAUAGGUUACCAUUCAUAGGCCUUUGGUUUGUAUCUUAUUACUUUGUGAGCUAUUUUUGAGCUAUUUUGAAAAAAAUAGCUCAUGUGUCAGUGGUGUGAGCGUAUGAAUCUUUGUGGCUUUGUAUCUUUGUAUCUUUGUAACUUUAUAUCUUUGUAUGUUCGGAUGUUUGUUGCAAGAGCCAGUAAGGUUGAAGGUACUAUGAGUUGAUGCUUAGGAACCAAUGAGAUCUUGGCAUCUAUUUAAGCAUGGGAUUGCUAAAGGUCGAACAAGGGCACUUUGAGACCGCCAUCUUGAUUCUUCACAAUUUUUUAGUCUUUUAUUACGGCUAUGUCCGUUACGGACAUUACACUCAGAGAGCAUUUUUUAACUUUGAUCUCCUGUCCUGCUCACAAUAUGCAGUAUAUUGCUGUUUUGUAUCAACCACAUUGCACCAUAAUGACUUGCCUUUUGCUUAAUAAAAAAAAUACUUGGAGAACAAAUUUUUAGCUUCCUCUGAUUUUGACUGAAAGGCCUGUUACGGACAUUACAGCUAAAACUACCACCAAUUUUAAUCACGACUUUUAAGGCUCAGUUCCUGUGAUUCAUGAAAGGUUUGAAGGAAACAAAUGCAUAUUUUUUAUUGGCAAAUUCUCAAAGUUUUCUUCAGUUACAUUAAAUUUCUCUGAGGUCUAUCCUAACUGUUUUGGUUCCCUAAAAGGUUGUGUUGCGGACAUUACACCAAGUGUUACGGACAUUGCUGUCUGUGAAUUUUUUCUUGAAAAUUAUAUCAUGUGUACUAUGAUGCUAAAAAAAUUGCUUAUUUCAUUUAUUUUUAUGUGUUAAGUUUACCAUCAGCAAUAUAUAGAAGUCCUGAAAAUUAAAUGAAACAAAAGCACACAAAAGCUGUAUUUUAAUUAUAGCUGGUCAGCUUAUUCCUUUUCAGAGCAUGCUCUGAACAUUCUUUGAAAGAAAACCACUGACCAGUAGUUUUAAUCAAAUUAUGACAUCUCAUUGUCCUCUGAAAGUUACAUGAACAAGAUGGUCGUCUUUUCUAAAACAAACUUUCAGCCGGGAUGACGUUGAUGAUGUUCACAUCUCUUGUGUGUUUUAAGGCCCCGUCACCCUAGAGAGUGCUGGCCCAUUUGCUGUUCCAAAACAGCAAAACAUUGAAAAAAUGUUUAAAGAAAUUAAAAAGCAGAGAAAGUCUCAUUAAGAUGCUACACGGCUGAUCAGUUUUUAGGUGAAUAAAACAAUUUUGGUCUUUUAAGAAGAACAUGUUUUCUUACUCAGCACUGUUUGAAUUUCUUGUUAUGCAAAUCUGAAACUUUCGUUUAGCUUUAACAUAUUUCAUUCAUUGUGGAUAAAUUAUAGAGCUCAGUUGGUACCCUAACUGUCACUUGGUUCAAUACCUUUGGAUAUUUGUAUAAAGAUGCUUAAGAAUACUUAUAUUUCAGUUUUCCUUAGAGACUUGUAUUGUUAUGGACAUUACGUUACGGACAUAACCUAUCUUUGAAAUAGUUUCUAUGAUUAACCCAUUCGCCCCUGAACCGCCCGUAACCGCCCGUGCGGAUCCAGGUCCUUUCUACCCUUUGUGACGUCAUCAGUUUUAACGGUCAAGGACAACUUUCUUCGCUAACUUGUGCAGAGUGAAGAGAUCUUUCAAACCAUACCAGAAUGAGCACAAUUCAGUCAAGGACACUGGAGAAAGAAGCAAAAAACCACGUGACAUUGACCUGAAAAUCUCCAUGAAAAUAUUGUUCAAUUGCUCAUCUACCUUUCCUUUCACCUAAUCCUAAGAUCCUAAAAGCUUUCCUAAAAACUCUUCCCACCAAAAUGAAGCCUACUAAAUGCCCAGCAAGAGAAAAAAAAAACCAGGCAAGAAAAGCGAAAAAAGAAGGGAGGAGAGAAAGCGAAAAGUAAAAGUCAAGACUGCUGUGUCUCGAAAUUUUGCUUUCUGCGCAUGCCCGAACUUCGCAAGCUGAUAUUUUGCAUCUGGAUCAGAAGGCCGCGAAGUGUACGACCUGUAAACCGGUUUGUGGUACGUUUUAGCUCUUUACAGCACGACAGUGACCAGAAAAUCACUCGACUAGCUUCAAAACGCGUUUUUCGGCAAAAUCUCCAGGAGCGAAUGGGUUAAAAAGCCUACUGGAAAUAAAAAGCUUGUCAGACAAAUGAUGGUACUAACAAAUCCCACGACACUCAAGCAAUUAGGUGUCAUGACACCCCAGAUCCAUAUUAUGUCAACAGCUGAAAACCGCCUAUCGUUUGUGCGAAAAUUCCUAGGCAUUUUGCUAUUUUUUCUCGUUGCUAUUCCGGGCUGACUAGUUAGCUCUAACCCUGGCGUAUGAAGGAUUUAUUCUAGGAAUUGCACAAAAAGGGCCCCAUAGAAUUCCUUCUGAAAUUGUAGAUGGCCCUCUUUUAAACAAAUGAGGACCCAAAGUAUUUAAACAUUUUUUGUAUCACUAAGAUUAAAUUAAUGUUCUUCUCUGACUUACCCUCUGCUUUCAUUGUUAUUUAUUGUCGUUAUUAUUGCUAUCAUUGUUUUCAUUUGACUUCUCAGUUAUUUCUAGCGUAGAUAGGUAUGAUAAAUUUAACGUUAUAAUACUUUGUAUUUUCAACUGAAGAUGACAGGAGCUGGUGAAACAACUGGGUGGUUAAGUUUAUAUCUUGCUAACCCUUUCGUGGUUCAUUUUUUCGGCUCAAAGAAUAAGACGUGGUUUAUAUUCUUUUUGACCCUCUUGCUACCUGCAUCUAGUUGUGUUUCUUUCCCUCAAAUAACGGAGAAAUUUCCUUUCAAAAUUGUCAUUUGAGCUACCAAAAUUUUAACUAUCAGUUUAUCAUAACUUGAAACUUGCGAUAACCCUUCUCUCGGACCGCUGGUUUCCUACUUCUAAAAGGCUACGUUACCGACGGUAUUUAAUGUGAUUUAAAAUCGAAUUCUUAAGUUCAGAUUACUUCCACGCCUGGGCAUUUGCUACACAUACGUAAAUUUUGAGCGGCAUUGUUUUUCAAAUUUUAGCCAGUUCCUAGUUGUCAAGGAUAGCCAACCCAAAGGUAGAUAUCUCAAGUCAUCUCGCAAACAUUUUUAUUACAAAAAAACAGGAAUAUUUAUGUAUGUGUUAUAAAAUUUUUGCAGGAAAAAAAUGCUCCAGAAAGCUCUUAAAGAGAUACAGAUGUAAAAUCGAAAUAUUUUAAAACUGGCACUUUUGAAACCUGCGGUUGAUACCUUACACUUGAUUGUUUCUUUUUUAAAUGUUUUGCUAGACAUGGCAAUAAAUGUGCUGGUGUUAUUGCUGCUGAAGCUAAUAACAAUGUGUGUGGCGUAGGAUUAGCCUACAAUGCUAAAAUUGCAGGUGAGUUGCUAGUAUAAUAAAACUGAAGCCAGUAAUUUUCUACCCACGAGUUCGCCUCUCAAGUUCGACCUAAGACGUAUUCAUUUUUCACGCACACAUAACGUAUUUCUUACUCUUGAUAAUCAUUGGCAAGUGAGUGUACUAUGUAAACUUGGGACGUUAGUUUAAACUCGGUCAAAUUCGCUAACUUUUACGGGUCAAAACCACUAUAAAACGGCUGAUGAAGACCAGUGGUCAAAAAGGCGUGAUGCGUAUCUUGAGUGACUACAUCUUUAGAUAGACGAUCAAGAUAGCUGUCAAACAGCAUAUGUUCAGCUGUUCUAUUUAUUAGGUAUUCUUGCUUAGUUAUUAAUCUUUUUACCUCUGACCGUUUUGGCCAAAAUAAACGGGAGGAUC